GCCGUGCGCGCGCGGGAGCGGAGCUCGGGGCCGGCGGCUGCGGGAGGCGCUGAGAUUUUUUCCUGUCCUUGCCUAAAAAUGUCCAAGCAACAGCCUGCCCAAUUUACCAAUCCAGAAACUCCUGGCUAUGUUGGAUUUGCAAACCUUCCCAAUCAGGUUCACCGAAAGUCUGUGAAAAAGGGGUUUGAAUUUACUCUGAUGGUGGUUGGUGAAUCUGGAUUAGGAAAAUCUACAUUAAUAAACAGCCUGUUCCUGACAGAUCUCUACCCAGAAAGGAUAAUCCCAGGAGCUGCUGACAAGAUUGAGCGCACGGUGCAGAUCGAGGCCUCCACGGUUGAGAUCGAGGAGAGGGGCGUGAAGCUGCGGCUGACGGUGGUGGAUACCCCGGGCUACGGGGAUGCCAUCAACUGCCGCGACUGCUUUAAGACCAUAAUCUCUUACAUUGAUGAGCAGUUUGAGCGAUACCUGCAUGAUGAGAGUGGAUUGAACAGGAGACAUAUCAUAGAUAAUCGAGUUCAUUGCUGUUUCUAUUUCAUUUCACCUUUUGGUCAUGGCCUUAAGCCUCUGGAUGUUGAGUUUAUGAAGGCCAUACACAACAAAGUAAACAUUGUACCAGUCAUUGCAAAAGCUGAUACACUUUCUCUGAAGGAGCGAGAGAGACUAAAGAAAAGGAUUCUGGAUGAAAUAGAAGAGCAUGGCAUCAAAAUUUAUCACCUGCCUGAUGCUGAAUCAGAUGAGGAUGAAGAUUUUAAAGAGCAGACCAGACUCCUGAAGGCCAGCAUUCCAUUUUGUGUGGUGGGGUCCAAUCAACUCAUUGAAGCAAAAGGUAAAAAAGUCAGAGGUCGGCUCUACCCAUGGGGUGUAGUUGAAGUGGAGAAUCCAGAGCAUAAUGACUUCCUGAAGCUGAGGACCAUGUUAAUCACCCACAUGCAGGACCUUCAGGAGGUGACCCAGGAUCUUCACUAUGAGAAUUUCCGCUCUGAGAGGCUCAAACGAGGCAGCAGGAAAAUAGAAGAUGAAGAAGUGAAUAAAGACCAGAUUCUGCUUGAGAAGGAAGCAGAACUGCGUCGCAUGCAGGAGAUGAUUGCAAGAAUGCAGGCCCAGAUGCAGAUGCAGAUGCAAAGUGGAGAAGGUGACAGCAGUGCAGUUCAUGGGCAUCAUGUGUAAAGUCUUGGAUGAUUUUACCCCCUGCCUCACAGGAGACCUCCUGGAGCUGGAUUGCAGUGGUGGAGGACAAAAGGAUGCCUCUUGCCUCCAUUUGAUCUGGAGCUUGCUGUGGAGUUUAAUGUGGGACUGUUUUGUGGUAACAUCUUGUGAGAUGUAGUUCAUAACAUGUAGUUAGUUGGUAUUUUUAUAUAUUAUACACAUUUGACUUCCAUUUUCUUUAGUCCUUCUUUUCUUGAGGUUAUUUUAAAUUUCCUAUUAGGGAUACAAAAUAGUCAUUGAAAGUUUUCUAGCCUGAUAUGCAGUAGAUAAUAACAUUUUUUUUAAUACACCUUAUUAGCUCCCUGCUUUUAACUUUGUAUUCCAUUUAGAAAUAAACAGCUGCCAGUGAUACCUUGUUCAGUGCCAGGUAACAGUCACCUCACUAAGGCUGCACCCCUGCAAGGUUAAUUUUAUAAAUAUUGCAGUGUUUACAUGUGUGUGUGAGACCAGCAGCCCUUUCUCUGUCUCUGCUCACAGCAGAGGAUUUCCUUGGCCUCUGCAGAAUAUCAAAUGAAAAUUCAAGCAUGCCUUGUGUCUUAGCAAAAGAAAGAAGAGGAGAUGCCUCAGUGUGUGAGAGGCACACUGUAUGUUACAUGACAGGCAUUAUUUCUUUUAGAUUUAACCUUGAGGGUUAUUGUUUUCCUAAAAUCUCUUAUUCUAUUGCAGCUAAUUUUGAAUAAUUUCUUGUAGGCCAUCACAAAUCACUGCUUCUACUUUCUGGCUUUAUUGUAGCCAAAUCAACUUCAGUAAGGCUGAUUUUAUUGUUGAAGGAGGUAAACUCCAAAGAGUAGUUUUCUAUGCAUGGAUGUUUCCUAUAUCCAAAGGAUGAGAAAUUCUAUAAUUCCUAGUAAGUAUUUUCAUACUAUUUUUAGGGCAUUGUAAACUGUUACAUGUAGUAAAAGUAUAUAUUAGCACACUUGUGUUUUUAAAAGUGACCUGUUCCUGACAGGAUCAAUGCAAACUGUAUUUUAAGUUCCAGUAUUA